AUGGGAGAAGUAGGUAAUAUAGAAAUGGGAGAGUUGGUAGAUAAUAAUAAUAGAGAAGUGGGUAAUAUAGAAGUGGGUAAUAAUAGAGAAGUGGGUAAUAUAGAAGUAGGUAAUAAUAGAGAAGUAGGUAAUAUAGAAGUAAAUAAUAAUAGAGAAGUGGAAGCGGAAAAAGUGAGCAAUAUAGAAGCAGGAAAGUGGGUUAAUAUAGAAAUGGGAAAAGUGAGUAAUAUAGAAAUGGAAGAAGUGGAUAAUAUAAAGAUAAGAAAAGUGGAAGUGGGUAAUAAUAGAGAAGUGGGUAAUAUAGAAAUGGAAAAAGUAGAUAAUAUAGAAGUGGAUAAUAAUAGAGAAGUGGAUAAUAUAGAGAUGGGAAAAGUGGGUAAUAUAGAAACAGGAAAAGUGGAUAAUAGAAAUGGAAAAGUGUAUAAUAUAGAAAUGGGAAAAGUGGUCAAUAUAGAAACAGGAGAAGUGGAUAAUAUAGAAAUGGGAGAGAAAAGUGGUAAUAUUGAAGUGGGUAAUAAUAAAGAAGUAGAUAAUAUAGAAGUGAAUAAUAUAGAGACGGGAAAAGUGGAUAAAAUAGAAGUGGAAAAGUGGAUUAAUAUAGAAGCAAGAAAAGUGAAUAAUAUAGAAGUGAAAAAAAGCGGGAAAAGUGGACAAUAUAGAAAUGAAAAAGUGGAAACAGAAGAAAUUGGUAAUGUAGAAAUGGGAAAAGUGGAUAAUAGAAGUGGGAAAA